ACCUGCUGUUUUCAUAGGGUUGCAGUUGCACUCUUAAAAUGUAAAUUGAACGACAGCGCGUACGUUCCUGCAAUCUCCGUCUCUACUAGUCCUCUUGGUGUUCAGCUUAGAAGCUCUGCUGUUAUGGCCGCCAAUUCGCCGCCGACGCAACCAUCAUUCUCCUCUAAGCCCUCGAACAAAAAGAGAAAGGGAAAGGGAAACAGAAAUCCUCAGGACCCGGAACUUGACCGGCUCGACUCGCUUCAAUGGCACCGGUCUCUUGCAGAGGAUGAUCCAUUUUCUGCCUUUGCUGGCUCUCACGAGCUCGAAGGAGGUUUUCUUUCUCUUGAAGAGAUUGAUGAGGCUGAUUACGGUUUAGAGCUUCCUAAUGUUGACAAGGGAAAGCCUGAGAAAUCUGUAAAAUCAAAGAAACGGAAGCAUGAUGUUGCUAAUGAUGCAAUUGAAGAGAAAGUGGAGGAAGCAGAGAAGGCUGUGGGGAAUGAGGAAAAGAAAAAGAAGAGGAAGAAGAAGGAGAAGCGGAAGAAGAAGGAGAAGAAGAAGAAGGCAAAUGGAACUCAGAAAAAUGAGGAACUCACUGCUGUGAAUGUCGAUAGCAAUGGCAAGGAUGAGGAUGAUGAUGGUGGAGAAUCGAUUGAUGAGACUGAUUUUUAUGCGUGGAAUGAGCUGAGACUUCAUCCUUCGCUUAUGAAAUCAAUAUAUAGGCUUGGGUUUAAGGAGCCAACACCGAUCCAAAAAGCUUGUAUUCCUGCUGCAGCUCAUCAAGGGAAGGUUAGUAGGGUUAAUGUCUCUGAGAAGGUUAUUUUUUGUGAGACUGGUUCUGGAAAGACACUUGCUUUUGGUUUGCCCAUCUUCCAACGGCUUCUGGAGGAAAGAUAUAAGGCCACAAAAAUGUUUGAAGAGUUGGGUGGUGAAGCUGAAAAGUUUGCCCCAAAAUGCCUUAUGCGGGCACUGAUCAUCACUCCUACAAGGGAGCUUGCGCUUCAGGUUACUGAUCAUCUUAAGGAAGUAGCUAAGGGUAUUGACAUUAGGGUGGUUCCUAUUGUUGGUGGAAUGUCAACGGAGAAGCAGGAAAGACUUUUAAAGGCAAGGCCUGAGGUUAUUGUUGGAACUCCUGGUCGAUUAUGGGAACUUAUGUCAGGAGGAGAAAAGCAUCUUGCUGAGUUGCAUUCAUUGUCUUUCUUUGUGCUGGACGAAGCUGAUCGAAUGAUUGAAAAUGGACAUUUUCAUGAGUUGCAGUCAAUAAUUGACAUGCUGCCUGUGGCCAAUAGCUCCACUGAAGUUGAACGGCAAUCUCAAAAUGUGCAAAAUUGUGCAACUCUCUCAACCCUGCAAAGGAAGAAAAGACAAACAUUUGUUUUUUCCGCAACAAUAGCAUUAUCUGCCGAUUUUCGCAAGAAGCUAAAGCGAGGUUUGCUAAAAUCAAAGGAAGAAAUGACUGGAGGAUUGAAUUCUAUAGAAACUCUCUCCGAACGGGCAGGAAUAAGAGCUAAUGCAGCCAUAAUUGAUUUGACAAAUGCAUCAAUCCUGGCACAUAAGCUUGAAGAAUCAUUUAUUGAAUGCAGGGAAGAAGAGAAAGAUGCUUACCUAUACUACAUAUUGAGUGUUCAUGGACAAGGUCGCACAAUUGUUUUCUGUACAUCAAUUGCAGCUUUGCGUCAUAUUUCUGCCCUCUUGCGCAUUCUGGGAGUACAUGUUUGGACACUUCAUGCUCAGAUGCAGCAGCGAGCUCGACUGAAGGCAAUGGAUCGUUUUCGCACAAAUGAACAUGGUAUACUUAUUGCCACUGAUGUUGCUGCUAGAGGCCUUGAUAUUCCUGGUGUUCGAACUGUUGUUCACUAUCAGCUCCCACAUUCAGCAGAAGUCUAUGUCCACAGAAGUGGAAGAACUGCUAGAGCUUUUACUGAUGGAUGCAGCAUUGCUUUAAUCUCUCCUAAUGAUACCUCAAAAUUUGCCUCUUUAUGCAAAUCAUUUUCAAAGGAAAGUUUCCAGAGAUUUCCUUUAGAGGAAUCAUACAUGCCUGAGGUGAUAAAACGACUGUCUCUUGCACGUCAGAUAGACAAGAUAAUGCGGAAGAACUCACAGGAGAAGGCAAAGAAAACCUGGUUUGAACGAAAUGCAGAAUCAGUUGAGUUAAUUGUGGAGAAGGAUGAUAGUGAGGAUGAAAGAGUGAACAAUUAUAAGCAAAAGAAAAUCACCUCCAUGCAGUUGAACAAAUUACAGCAGGAGCUCAAUAUGCUGCUUUCACGUCCAUUGCAACCAAAAACAUUUUCACAUCGAUACUUGGCAGGGGCCGGUGUUUCACCUCUCCUGCAACACCAGUUAGAAGAAUUAGCUAGACAAAAUUCGGGCAAUGAUUUGGGAGGAAGCAAAAGAAGGAAACUAGUGGUUAUUGGUCAGGAUUGUGUGGAGCCACUCCAGGCACUCCGAAGUGCUGGUCACGAGGUGCGCAUGGAUGUGAAGGAGAUGGCAGAUAAACGAAAAAUUAUAGAGAAUUUGAAGCGGAAAAGAAAAGAAGAGAAGAAACGAUCAAGAGAUCAGCGGAGGAGGCAGAAGAAAACCAUGAACACGAAAUAGCAGGUAGAAUGGAUAUUUGAAACUUGCAAUUCAAUUUUGAGGGUGUGGAGGAUCUCUUCUUAUACUUGAAAAGAAAUACAAAGAACUAUAGAAGCAAUGCUUUUAGCUGUAAAAUUUGGUGUUGGACGGAAAAGUCUGAGCCUUGUAAGCCUUUGAUUUUGCAAUACAGAAUGCGAGCAACUAAACCAAUGACCUAAAAUUUAGAUUCA